CACUGUCAACACAGCGAAAGUUCAACUAGCGAUGCACCUGGAAAUUAUUAACCCGCUCGUUAACUGAGACAUGGACGAGCAAACAACUCCUGUACGACAGCAACAUAAAUUCAAUGUUGGCAAACUUUUUAGUUACCUGUCCGCCAAGUUACGGGUGUCAAAUAGUGACACACUCACUGUCAGUCAGUACAGCGCUGGUCAGUCAAACCCAACCUUCCUAAUCCAAACACCAACAAACAGCUAUGUUCUCAGGAAGAAACCCCCAGGUGAGCUGCUGCCAGGGGCUCACAAGGUGGACAGGGAGUAUCGGGUGCAGAAGGCCCUGUUCUCUGCUGGCUUCCCUGUACCUCAGCCUCUCUUGCAUUGCACUGAUGCUGAAGUCAUUGGAACAGAGUUCUACCUGAUGGAACAUGUGAAGGGACGUAUAUUCAGGGAUCUUCGUCUCCCUGGAGUGAGUGCAGCAGAGAGAACAGCUCUGUAUGUGGCUGCAGUGGAAGCUUUGGCAAAGCUGCACUCACUGGACCUGGCAUCACUGAACCUUGAAGGGUACGGAAAAGGAUCAGGCUACUGCAAGAGACAAGUGUCUACCUGGACGAAGCAGUAUGCCGCAGCAGCCCACAGAGACAUUCCAGCCAUGAAUGAACUGUCUGAUUGGUUGAUGAAGAAUUUGCCAGCCAAUGAUAACGAGGUCAAGCUUGUGCAUGGAGAUUUCCGAUUGGACAACUUGAUAUUCCAUCCAACAGAGACACGUGUGAUUGCAGUGUUGGACUGGGAGCUGUCUACCACUGGGCAGCCCUUGGCAGACUUGGCCUACUUUCUCAUGCACCACUACUGGCCUACAGACCUAAACAUCGUUAACAAAAUGGGUAGCUUGAAAGGAAUAGAAGGUAUUCCAACUGUGGGUGACCUGAGCUCCAUUUACUGCCGGUGCCGGGGGAUCCCAUCUGCUUUGCCACAGCUGAAUUUUUACCUGGCUCUGUCUGUCUUUAAGAUGGCAGGAAUAGCCCAGGGGAUCUACGCACGCCACCUACUGGGUAAUGCCAGCGCCCCCGAUGCAGCUCAGUUCAGCCAGUGUGUGGAGCCCUUGGCUAAGGUUGCCUUGCAGCUUGCACAGCGGUCUGUCACAGGUCCUGCAGAAAGCGGCCUGUUCCUGCAGACAGCUAAAGGUCAGGCUGUUCUCCAGCAGGUCAAAGACUUCAUGAGACAAUACGUGCUUCCUGCUCAAGAGGAAGUUGCAGAGUACUACUCCAAACACGCUCAGUCUCCACAGAGAUGGCACACCCCCCAAAUGAUAGAAGAUCUAAAGGAGAAAGCCAGGGAGGCAGGGCUGUGGAACCUGUUCCUGCCUGCAGUCAGUGGUCUCAGUCAGUUGGAUUAUGCCUACAUUGCAGAGGAAACUGGACGUUGCCUCUUUGCCCCUGAAGUCUUCAACUGCCAGGCUCCUGACACAGGAAAUAUGGAGGUGCUCCACAUGUAUGGCAGCGAGGAGCAGAAGAGGAAAUGGCUGGAGCCGCUGCUCAGAGGAGAGAUCCGCUCCUGCUUCUGUAUGACAGAGCCUGAUGUGGCCUCCAGUGAUGCGACCAACAUGGAGUGCACUCUUCACAGAGAUGAAGGCAGCUACGUCAUAAACGGCAAGAAAUGGUGGAGCAGUGGUGCUGGCAAUCCCCGGUGCAAAGUGGCCAUUGUGAUGUGCAGGAGUGGUGCUCGGGAUGUGAGCAGCAGGCAUGGCCAACACAGUAUGAUCCUUGUUCCUCUGGACACGCCAGGUGUAAAGCUUGUCAGACCACUCACCGUGUUUGGACAGGAUGAUGCUAUCCACGGAGGCCACUUUGAAGUGCACUUUGAAAACGUGCGCGUCCCUGCCGCCAACAUUAUUCUGGGAGAGGGACGGGGAUUUGAGAUUGCUCAGGGUCGUCUGGGGCCUGGCAGGCUGCACCACUGCAUGAGGGCUGUCGGUCUGGCAGAGUUGGCUCUAGAGCUGCUCUGCCAGCGGGCUGCCUCCAGGCACACAUUUGGAAAGAAACUGUAUCAACAUGAGGUUGUUGCUCACUGGAUAGCAGAGUGCCGUCUCAUGAUCGAACAGACCCGCCUGCUGACUCUACAUGCUGCUCAUGCCCUGGAUACACUGGGCAGCCGGGCAGCUCGCAAACAGAUUGCUAUGAUUAAGGUGGCAGCAGCCAGAAUGGCCUGUCAGGUGGUGGACUGUGCGAUACAAGUAUAUGGAGGCGCAGGUGUGUCUGGAGACAUCCCCCUUGCACAGAUGUAUUCAUACGUGCGGACCCUUCGCAUCGCUGAUGGGCCAGACGAGGUGCACCUCUCCUCCAUUGCUCAUCUGGAGCUGAGGGAUCAACUAAAGGCACAGGCCAAGUUGUAAAGUAAUGGACAUCACAUGGCCACAUUAGCUUUGCCAACUUGUAAUUUGCUGCACUUAAUGGUGAAUGGUGCUAUUUUUAAUUAGCUUUUUGUGGAACUGUAAUGUUGCUAUCAAAAUGCAUUAAAUGUAAAUAACUGAUUUAGAAUUAUUUUACUGCAACCUACUUUGUUUAAAAUCAUUCGAUUUAAAGUUAUCAUUGUCCAUAUUAUGUUUGAUUUAAAAAUGACACUUCGUUUAUUAGGAAUCCUUUUUAAUGUGAACUACAAAAACAGAAAAUGACAGCAUGAAUAUGACUGAAUAUUGUCAUCACACUCGGUACGGGUGUGGUCUAUCACAUGGAUGAAUUCCAUUGGGAGGUGAUGGGGAAUCAGACACACAAGCACGUUAUUUUUUUUUUUCUUUGUACAAUAUAAAACAGCAAUGGCCCCACCUAUCUGAUACACUAGAUGGCAACCCAUGCAACACCCUCCACUCUCAUUGUCUAUACAUUAACAUUUGGGCAGAGAUCUUCAGCUGCCAAAUCAGUCAGUCAACCUUUUAUACAACACGGCGCAGAAAAGGGAAGAAUGGGGAGGGAGGAGAAUAGGCUGGUUUGGAGGAUGAAGGUAAAGACGUGUCAGUGUUUGCUCUUCUUUGAUUUUUUGUGAGACCGGUGAGGUGACCUAGACUUGGAGCGGGACUUCUUUGCUGACUUCUUGGGCGUCCUGGAGCGCGACCUCCUGGAUCGUUUGGGUGUGCGAGGUGACGGAGACCUGGGGGGAUAAAAUAUAAUAUUGAAAAUGGUGAAAUGGCCAAAAGCCUGGUUCUAAUGAUGACAUAAAGAGAAGCCCCGGACAGACAGUCUUACCUCUUGGAGGACUUUUUGUUGCUGGAUCGUGGGGAGUCUUUAUGUGAGGAGCGGGAAGAUGUGUCUUUAGAGUAUGAGCGGUCGGAGCGUUCUGAUCUCUCUGACCGCUCUGAACGGGGUGAAGAUGACCGGCCUCGCCUGCUGCUACUCCGCGUGGGGCUCGGGGACCCACUGUGACGCCGCUUCCUAUCAACCGGAGGGGACAAACAUCUGUCAGAUAGGAAAUUAAACAAACGCCAUGUUUUAUGCCGCACACUGUGAAACACUAGACCUACACCUUUACUAAUGGAUAAACCCCAUGUAACACUGCAACCUGUCAAAUGGUUAUCUCACCUCUCCUUCCUGGUUGGCGUGUCCUCCUUCUCUUUUUCCUUCUUCAGGUCUUUCAACCGUGCCUCAGCUUUCUCCUUCUCUUUUUUCUCCCUCUCUUUCUCCCGUUCAAGUUUCUCCUUUUCUUUUUCCUAAAAUAAAAGACACA